AUGAAGCGUGCCAUCCCCGCCUUUGUCUUUGCCUUCCUGGCCUUCAUCUGCUUCAUCCUCGUGACCGUCACCGCGCCGUUCAUCAAGGGACUCUACGUCGUCCACGUCGAGACCACCAAGGAUGCCGCCUUUGGCAUCAACCUCGGUGUCUUUGGCUCGUGCUUCCCCGGUAGCACCAGCCUCCUUGGCAUCCAGCUCUCCAAGACUGCCUGCUCGACCCCUGCGUACCCCUACUCGCUCAACGCGGCCUACUUUGGCUCCGAGGCCAAGGGCGGUGUCAUCCUCAAGGCGCUCAACAACAUCGCCAAGGGCCUGAUCCUCAACCCCUUCGCCGCUGCCUUUGCCCUCGUCGCCUUGAUCCCCUCGCUCAUUGCCAUGUGCACCCAGGCCCGCUUCACCCAGAUGCUCACCUGGAUCCUCCUCAUUGUCGCCACCCUCUGCUCGUGGGCUGCGUUCUUUGUCAACAUUGCGUUUGCCGUCGUUGCCAAGAACCGCGUCAAGGAGAACACCAACGGCGAGUUUGUCGCUUCGUACGGCAACGCUGUCUGGAUCUCGCUCGUCGGUGCCGUUCUCAUGACCAUUGCCAUGUUCCUCGCCCUCUUCGGCGCCUGCUGCUGCGUCAAGCAGCGCAAGGAGGAGCACCACGACGUCGAGGCCGAGGACGCGCACGCCAAGGCCGUCGCCGAGAAGGAGGCCCAGCAGGCCCGCGACAACUCGGAGGAGCACGCCGCCGGCGACCACACCGCCGAGCUCGCUACUGCCGAGCACACUACUGAGAAGAGCAAGUUUGCCUUCUGGAAGCACUAG